UUUUUUUCAUAAAUAAUGAAAAAUUCACUACGAAAAAUAUGCAUAUAAUUUUUUUACAUUUGGCGCCCCAUAGAUUAUUCGAAAUUCGAGCGAUUCGAGAGAGACGCGACAGUAAACAGACUCGGCUAAGAUAUAUAUCGUGAAGUAAAUAUUCUUAUCUCUUUCAAGAUGAUGGAUUACUUAAUACCCAAGAGAUUUAGCAUUUUAUCCUACAUAUGUGUGAUCAUCCAUUUUCAGUGUGGAGUGAUAUUUACAACAAUUACCACGGCUCUGAGACUCAGCGAGAUGGAAAAGUUCAGUUGUGCUGUUGAUACAAAACAUGCAACGCACAAAAGUUAUGUCGAAAAAACGUGUUUUUCAAUCUACGACGACGAGUACAACUCUCCCGUGAAAUUCUCUGCCUUCGUUCUGUUCAAUUUUGGUUCUGUUGUUGUUGUGAGUGUCAUUUAUUCGCUUGCUGUUGGCAAUCGUAUCGAAGAUGCAGAAUUAAGACUCUCAAGCCGAAGUGAUAAAUCACAAACAGUCGCGAGAAGAAACAUUAAACAAGGUAGAAAAACCUUUUAUGUUUUCAAUUUCUAUUUGUUCCACCUUGUGGCUCGUUCAAUGCUCUGUAUAUUAUUCACAAUUCUACAACAUACCGUAUUGUAUCCGAGUGGUUUUAAUUCACAAUUCACUUGUUUUUAUCCCGAAUUGAGAUCAGUUAAUCCUAACAUGACACCAGCAAAUAAUGGAAGUGCUAUCUUAUCCAGUGUAAAAUGUACGAACUCGGCUGCCAAAGAUAAACAGUUUUGGUUGACAAUUGUGUCUGUUUGUAAUCUCAUUUUUGCUGUAAUUGCAUUAGCAGAAGUUGUUUAUCUACUAUUGAUGCGAUUUCCCAGUGUCACCCCUCAAUCUUCUGUUACUUGGUCAUGUGAUUGGCAAUUUAUUAAUAAACACUUUCUUCGAAAGCAAUAUGUAGCUAACAGUUGUGACAUUUACAAGCAAAAGGUUUUAAAGCCUCGUCUGACACCUGAUAUAAAUUACGGUUUGAAUGAUAUAAGCUUGGAUGAUAUGUUUAUUGAUGUUGUUAUCCAUACUGAGCGAGCACCACAAAAGUUUUUAACAGGAAUGUCUAGGCAUGAGAUCUAUGAUGUUUAUACAAAAAUUCCUAAAAAUGCAAUCCAUCUGAAGGAGAUUAAAGAUCUAUUUUAUGCAAACAAAGACACUGGCAAUUAUGUCCCUUACACCAUCUUGAUAAUUGGGCGUCCAGGGAUUGGAAAAACUGUUUUGACCAGGAAAAUUAUGUACAAUUGGGCAAAAGAACAUAAUGAUAAAAUUUAUCACAAAAAGGUUGCUUUCUAUUUUAAAUUUCGAGAAUUCAAUUUCAAUGAGAUGCAAGACAUAACAAUUAAAAAAUUUCUACAGUUUGGAACUGAACUGAGUGAAGAUGACUUUGAAAGUGUUUUUGAAGAAAUUUGGAGAAAACCACAAAAUGCUAUUUUCAUUUUUGAUGGUUUGGAUGAAUUUAGUGUCAAUCUUGGUGAAAAUUAUCAGCGUGUCCUAGCCCAGUCAAAAAAAUAUUCGAAUGAUGAGGUUUCUUGCCAAAUGCCAGCCAUGGCUUUUUUUGUCAAAAUCUUGUCUGGUGAGAUGUUACCAGCAGCAACAGUCUUGGUUACCAGCAGGCCAACUGUGAAUGAUGUUUUGUGCAAAAUGAAAUUUGACAGAACUGUUGAGAUUAUUGGGUUCACUUCAGAUAAAAUUGAACAGUAUGUUAAACAAUUUUGUGCUAAUCAUAAGAGGUGUGAUCUAGAAGCAACGAUAUUGAGUCAUAUCAAAUCAUCAUCUGAACUGAUGAAUUUAUGCUACAUUCCAGUGAAUUGUUUUAUUGUUUGUGUUUCUCUGUUCGAAUGUCUCAUUGACUCAGAGAGUGAAAUUGGUGCUCUACCCACUACUUUGACUGAACUGUACGAGUCAGCUUUAGUCUACUUCAACACAUAUCUUGACCGAAACAAAAACAAAGAAGAAGUUUUGAGUAAAUUUCAAGAGUUGGCUUUUAAUGGUAUGAAUAACAACGUGCUGAUUUUCAGUGGCAAGCUUGUUAACGAGGAAAUGAAACAAUCAGGAUUGAUAAAUUCUUUACCCAAACCAAGUUUUCAAAUUCAAAUGCAGGUUUGCUUUAUUCAUUUAACCAUACAAGAAUUUCUCGCAGCAAAAUAUAUUGUGGAAAAAAAAACACCCGAACAAGUAAACGAAUUUAUAUCUUCUCAUAUCAAACAUGGCAGAUGGCAUCUUGUGCUUCAGUUUCUUGCUGGAUUAUUGGGAGUGAAAAUGAGGACAUCUCGUGAAUACAAAAGCUGCGUAUUGAUGUUUGAAAAAUAUCUCAGUGAAAAUGAAAGAACUGAUGUGUGUUGCCCAGAUCUUGAUCAAAUAUUAGUGAUGAAAUGUUUAAGAGAAACACAGAAUGAAAAUAUUGCCAAGGAAAUUGUUGCAAAAUCGAGUUUAAAACAUAGGACUAGGAUAACAUGUUCACAGUCUUACGCACAAUUGCUUUCUCCAAGCGAUGCAGCAGCAGUUGUGUUUCUUUGCAAGCAUAUGAAGUAUUUAAAUACUUUAAAUGUGCACAGUUUAUCUAGUUCGGAUUGUUUGCUAGAAUUAGUUAAAUUACUCCAAGGAAGAUGCAUGAAAUCACUGACCAUCGAUAGUUGUCAUUUUGGUGACUGGUGUCUGGAGCGUCUUGGUGCAUUAUUGAAAUCUGAAUGCCAGGUGAAUCACGAGUGUUCUAAGCUGACUGAGUUGAUUCUUGGAGGUAACGAUAUUACUGCUGCUGGUAUGGUUCGUGUUUUAGAUAAUCAGGUUUAUAAUCAGUUGACAGAUCUUGACCUUAGCUACAAUCCUAUUCGUGAUGAAGGUGUUCAUUUUCUAUCUAUCGCAAUGCAAGAAAGGCAGUUAAAACUUGAUACUCUGAAUUUUACCUGCUGUGGUUUGACCGCUAGGAGCAUGCCUUGGCUUGUGAAAUUUCUCGGUAAUGAACAUUGCAGACUAAGAUCCUUGACACUUGGUAGGAAUGCUAUAAGAGAUGAAGGUUUUCGUGACUUGUGCAGUUUUCUUCGAAAGGAAACAUGUGACCUUACUGAGUUGAGUGUUCGCGAAUGUUCUUUAACGAAAAAAUGCAUGUCAACGUUGUACGGUGCUCUUGAUGAAGAACAUUGUGGAUUAAGAUCCUUGGACCUUGCUGACAAUGCUAUAGGGGAUAAAGGCUUAUGUGCCUUGUGCAGUGUUCUUGGACUCCUUACUGACUUGAAUCUUUCUGGCUGUUCUUUAACAAAGAAAUGUAUGUCCACGUUGUGCGCCGCUCUUUAUGAAGAACAUUGUGGACUAACAACAUUGCACCUUGGAAAUAAUGAUUUAGGUGAUGAAAGUGUACGUGUAUUGUGCGUUGUUCUUCAGAAAGGAACAUGUCAUCUUACCCAGUUGACGAUUUCAUAUUGUUCGUUAACAGACAAAUGCAUGCCGAGCUUGUGCCAGGCUCUCGGAGAUGAACGAUGUAAGCUCACUCAUUUGAAUAUAAGUGAAAAUGGAUUCACAGAUAAACAUUUACCAUUACUCGCAGACGCACUUAAACGUCGGAGAUGUUAUGUCGGAGAUGUUCAUUUGGAUAUUCAGGCAAAUCGCAUUACUGAUGAAGGUUUGAGAUUGCUUAAAGAUGCCUCAGGACCACGAUUCGAAAGCUGUAUUUGAUGUUUGGCAGAAAGCGAUUUACUCUUCUUUAAAAGGUUCGGUCACACCGAGCGACAAGUCGCAGGAACAUGUCGCCUGAAGCGAGUCACACGAGCGUCGGGAGCGGCAAUGUUGGGCGAAAACAAAUCGCCUGCAUGCAAGUAGUCAUGAGAAUGAUGUUUUGUGGUUGAUCAAACUAAUUAUUUCGCUGCCAUUGGUGAACAGAAACCUUGAAAUACGCGACACGUAUUUAUAAACAAGUAUUGAUUAUCAGUAAGGAAGGUGAAGCAUUUCACAUAUCAUGUUGUUCAGGUACCAGGUCACCGGUAAAACACGGUUUGAAGACUAAACGACUGAGACAAUAUAAUUCAUUAACCAUAUUUUUGUGCGUUUGUGCAGAAUUUGUUCACAUCUCGUGUGCAGUCGCGUGUUCCUUGUAUUUGAAUCAAAACAACCUGUUGUUGCAUAUUCAUAUAUUCAGUUCUUGCCGACGAACUUUUUGUACGCAUAUUUGUUUUCAAAAGAAAUCUGUUGCGCAGAGCUGAAUAUAUAAUAUGCGCCCUAGUUUCAGUCCUGGCUCCGUUUGUAUAAAAUGCUUAACUAGAUUUUGGGUAAUAUUCUUGUAUGUAAUAAUAAUAUUAAUAAUAUUUUGGGUAAUAUUAUUUGGGUAAUAUUUUUAUUCUUGUAUAAAAUCGUAAGGAUUUUAAGAGAAGUUCGAAUGAAAGUAUACCAUUCAAGCAAUAACAAAUUGUUUCGCACUCUUUACACGCACAAGGAUGGCGUUGAUGAACUUCCGAAACCUGGUGUGUACCGCAUUCCAUGUGAAUGUGGUUUGGUUUACAUUGGAGAGACCGGUAGAAAUCUCUCAAUACAUCUAAAAGAACCUAAGACGAACUGGGAGAAAGGUAAACUAGAUAAGUCUGCUGUAGCUCACCAUAUGUGGACUUAUGAUCAUCGCAUUAAAUGGAAAUAAUUAUGA